AUGCCUUCAAAUUACCGCGUCGUUGAGCCGCACCCGUCGGUGCCGCACGCUGGUCGUCCUGCGGUCUACACUGGCCGCGGUGGAUGCGGAAAUGUCGUCAGCCUCAAGAACACCAAGACCACCGACUCACGCAGCGCAACUGGUCCGGCAUCUCUGACUCGUCUCGACUCUCGCACCCCAACGAAUUUCAUCUCCGGCCGUGGCGGUGCCGGCAACGUCCACAGUAGCAGCGAGCGUGCCAUCUUCAGCUUCGACGAAGAGCUCGAACGGGAUAUGCGCCAGGCCGCCCCCGUCUACCACGUCGGCCGUGGCGGUGCCGGAAACACCAUGUACCGUGACGACUGCAGCAAUUCCCCCAGCCUGAGUCGCAAGUACUCCGCCGCCAGCACGGCCACGAAUUCCAGCACCGGCUCCGUGACUGACCGUGCCCGCGACAUGGCCCGCCGCGGUCUCGAGAAGGGUUGGGGUCGCCUCAAGGGAACUUCUCAUGCCUAA